AUGUCUCUUCAUCGAGGAGAUCUAUCAGAAUUUUGCACUACUACCAACGAAACCUACAACAAAUACAAACAAUCGGAUGAAAAAUUGUUACGUGAAGAAUUAUUAUUUAUUUGUGAUCAUUUGUGCAAACAUUUGCCUCAUUAUUUUCAUGAACAUCAAAUGGAGAGAAUGAGUUUGGCGGAAUUAUUAGUGGAAUUGUGGAGUCAACCAAAUUUUAGAGAGGAAUAUUUUGAAAAUCGAUUUAAAUUGGAUCCAUAUUUGGUAUUACCAACAUUGUGUUCAUAUCUGGAAAGAGGAAGUCAAUUUAAUGUGAAGAGAACUUGUUUUUUUGAGCCUGUGUUCACAAAUCAAAGAUAUCUUACAUGUGCUUAUUCCACAAAAACUAGCAAUUAUCCUUACAAAACCAAUCAAUUGAGUUUUGAGCUUUUUGCAAAUUGUUUUUCUUGUGACACUUGGGCUGAUGUGGUUGCAGUCUCAUUUUCGUUAUCUGAUUAUGAUAAUCUUCAAUAUUUGAAUACCUAUUUCAAUGAAUGUAAAAGACUUUCUAAAUUUACUUGCUAUAGAAUAAUUUUGAUAUUUACUCACCCGGAUGUUUUCCAGGAAAGGAUAAAAUUGGGUGUUAAAUAUCAAGGAAAUACAGAUCCAAAUAUUCGUAAAGAAUUGAAUAGAUUAAAGAAAGACUGUGCACUAAUCAUCAAUUCUCUCAUUACAGAGACAUUGAAAGUAAUGAUAAAUAACCAAGACAACAGCUAUCCAAAUAGAACAUAUGAAUAUCAUAUUGUGAAUACAUCCCAUGAUUCUGAUAUGAAGGAAUUACUGAAUUGUUUAGCCAUAGGAGCUAAUUCACCUAGAAAGUGUUUUAUUACUCACAGGUUUGAUUUACCUCUUUUUGUAAUUCCAAAUAAUGAUUUUAAACAUAAUUUACAUGGAGCUUUACAAAUGAGACGAUUAGAUGACAUUAUUCUUGAUUUUAUUCAUUAA